CAAGCCAAAGACCGGUGCCUCUUGUUCUUCCUGGCUUUUGUUUUUUGGUGGCUUCCGCCAAAGCGAUAAAAGCCACUCAUUCACGGCACGCCGGUUUGACGCCCUGACAGAGAAGAAGAAGAGACGGAGAAAAUUUCCUUUACGGAGGACGCCAUAGCCUGGUCAAGCUCGUAGCUUUUCACCCCAAAAUUUCUCUCUAUCUGGCUCUGAAACUUCAUGUUUUCAACCAUGGCGAUUCCGCUCUGCAAUACGCAGCCUCGCCUCCUCUCCUCGCUCAAUCACAGACGUACCCUUAUCAGAACUCACCACAAAAAUCUCCAUUUCACCUCCGCGUCGAAGCUCCGGCCAUCUCUGUCUCUAUCUCCCUUUCAAUCUCUCCAUUUAUCCAAUUCAAGACGCGUUCCUUCGCUGCCGCUGAAAUCGGCGUCGAUUAACGGCUACUCGGUCCACGACGGCGCGGAGGAGUAUGUAAAAAGCCGCGGAGAGGCCGAGGUUGACUUAUCGGAGAGGCUCCGGAGGUGGAUGGCUUUUGUGAGGUCAAUCUUGCCAGGCGGAAGCUGGUGGGGCUUCAGCGAAGAUGUCGAAGUUCGGAUUUUGGCUGAGCCGGUGACUGUGUCGCGGGCGCUUGUUCGGAUGUGGCAGUUGGUCGCUAAUGACCGUUGGAUAAUCUUCGCAGCAUUCUCUACCCUAAUUGUCGCGGCGCUUUCCGAGAUUUCGAUACCGCAUUUCUUGACGGCAUCAAUAUUCACCGCACAGAGCGGCGAAAUCGCGGUGUUCCGUCGAAAUGUGAACCUCUUGGUUCUGUUAUGUAUCAUUGCCGGAAUUUGCAGCGGUCUACGAGGUUGCUUCUUUGGCAUAGCAAAUAUGAUCCUUGUUAAGCGCAUGCGAGAAACAUUAUAUUCUGCUCUUCUUCGUCAGGAUAUAUCUUUCUUCGACAAUGAAACAGUUGGUGAUUUGACAAGUAGGCUUGGGGCUGAUUGUCAGCAAGUCUCACGAGUCAUUGGAAAUGAUCUCAAUUUGAUAUUUCGCAAUCUUCUUCAGGGGUCAGGUGCAAUGAUCUACUUGCUAAUCUUGUCAUGGCCUCUUGGUUUAAGCACAUUGAUGAUAUGCUCUACUCUAGGAGCAGUUAUGCUACUUUAUGGCCGGUACCAGAAAAAGGCUGCAAAAUUAACUCAAGAAUUCACUGCUUCUGCUAAUGAGGUUGCACAAGAGACAUUUUCUUUGAUGAGAACUGUUCGUGUUUAUGGAACUGAGCAAGAAGAAAUCGGAAGAUACAAGCAAUGGCUUGGGAAGUUGGCUGAUAUAAGCUUGCGACAAAGUGCUGCUUAUGGUUUUUGGAACUUGAGCUUCAACAUGCUUUAUCAUUCAACUCAGGUUAUUGCUGUGCUGGUAGGAGGAAUGUCUAUUCUAGCUGGUCAUAUUACGGCAGAGCAACUUACAAAGUUUAUAUUGUACAGCGAAUGGUUGAUUUAUUCAACAUGGUGGGUGGGGGAUAAUUUAUCUUCUUUGAUGCAAUCUGUUGGUGCAAGUGAAAAAGUCUUCCAGUUGAUGGAUCUGUCGCCUAGUGACCAAUUUAUAUCUAAAGGAUCAAAGUUGCAAAAGCUAAAGGGACAAAUUGAUUUUGUGAAUGUCUCCUUCCAUUAUCCUUCGAGGCCAACAGUGCCUGUGCUGCAACGGGUAAGCAUAUUAGUGAAUCCAAAUGAAGUGAUCGCAAUUGUUGGUCUUAGUGGUAGUGGAAAAAGCACACUUGUGAAUCUUUUGCUUCGUCUUUAUGAGCCAACAAGUGGUGAGAUAUUGAUUGAUGGCUUUUCACUGAGAGAGUUGGAUAUCAUGUGGUGGAGGGAAAGAAUUGGAUAUGUGGGCCAGGAACCAAAACUUUUCCGGAUGGAUAUAAGCUCAAACAUCCGAUAUGGAUGUACAAGAAAAGUAAGGCAGGAAGAUAUUGAAUGGGCUGCAAAGCAGGCGUAUGCACAUGACUUCAUUUCUUCACUACCAAAUGGUUACAAAACGCUAGUUGAUGAUGAUUUACUAAGUGGGGGACAAAAGCAGCGAAUUGCUAUAGCGCGGGCCAUUCUUAGGGACCCAACCGUUUUGAUCCUUGAUGAAGCCACUAGUGCGCUAGAUGCAGAGAGCGAGCACAAUGUCAAGGGUGUUCUUCGUGCUGUGAGAAGUGACAUGAAAUCAAAGAGAACGGUCAUAAUCAUAGCUCAUCGGCUUUCUACUAUACAAGCCGCUGACAGGAUAGUAGUAAUGGACAGUGGUAGAGUUGUCGAGAAUGGCAGUCACAAGGAGCUUCUUCAUGAGGACGGCUUAUAUGCUCGAUUAACGAGGAGACAAGUCGACGUUGUGGCAUGAGCUUGAAAGAUUAUCAACACGUUACAUUCUGAUUUAUGUAUUUCCUCUUAUCUGAUCCGUUCUGAUCAGAUGCAGUAUAGAUUUCCAAAAAUCUUUUACUGCUAACCCAUGCAUUAUUUAUCAACGUUCAAAAGAAAAG